AAACAGCACACUACAUGAGCGCGAAGAAGAAAAUCUCGCACGCAGCUCUGUAGAAAAGGAUGAAUCUCCGCCCGUCAUCCAGACUGAAGUGUUAAAAUGCCUUUAAUAAUAAUGUGUGGUUACCCGUGCAGUGGUAAAACCCGACGAGCACAUGAACUGAAAGAAUAUUUCACGCAAAAUACAGAAAGAAAGGUUCAUAUAGUCGGAGAUGAAGAUCAAGGGCUUGACAAGAACUCUGUAUAUUCAGAUUCACAGAAAGAGAAGAAUCUGAGAGGAGCACUGAGAGCUGAAGUGGAGAGGAAAGUAAAUAAAGACGACAUUGUGAUUCUUGAUUCCUUGAAUUAUAUUAAAGGCUACAGAUAUGAGCUGUUCUGUCUUAUCAAACAUACACAAACACCCCAUUGCUUGGUGUACUGUUUGACGUCAGCUGACGUGAGCUCAGAAUGGAAUAAAGGCAGAGAGGCUGAUUCUCGGUACAAACAAGAAAUUCUGGAUGCGCUAAUACUGCGCUUUGAAGCCCCUGAUUCAAGGAAUAGAUGGGAUAGUCCACUCUUUACUAUUCAGCAAGAGGACUCGCUUCCAUUCGAAGCCAUCUGCGAUGCGCUUUUCAAACGGAAAGCACCACCACCUAAUCAGUCCACGAAGAACCAACCGCUCUCAUCCACAAACUUUCUGUACGAGUUGGACAAAGUUACUCAAGAUGUCCUAAUGGCUGUUCUUGAGUCACAGAAGACCAGCGUCCCUGGAGAUCUCAUUUCCAUUCCUGGAGCCACAGAGAAGAUUGAAUUCACGAGAAGUCUUAACAUGGUGGAGUUGAGGAAACUCCGACGUCAGUUCAUCAGUUACACCAAGAUGCAUCCGACAGAGAACAUUGGACAGAUUGCCAAUAUGUUUGUGCAGUAUCUUAAUAAGAGUAUGCACUAACAGGUGUUGUUUCUUUUUAGUUUUUGUCAUUCUUAAGGUCAUAUUUAAUGUUUUUAAGUUUCAAGCAUUUUAACAAUGUUUUGAGUGCAAUAAAAUUUGAACUCUUUUAAUGUCUUUCUAUAUUCAUGAUGUGUGCGAUCUUUGAUAUUUACAUCAACCAGAGAAGUGAUAAAAUAGGAGGAAACCUUAUCACCUACCAACCCAAAUAAAUAAAUGAAAACUCCCAACACAGGUCACUAUUCAGAGGAUAUGUUCUCUUUUCUCAUUGUUUUCCUCAUUCACAGUAAACAUGUUGGGAAUUGUUCAGCUGUAGUCUGGAUGUUUGACUUCAGUGGUUCACAGACCUUGAAAUGAGCAUAAGGUUUGAUUGAAGUCAUCAUUGCAUACAUACAGAUGUUUUCAUGCUUCAAAUGUGGAAGGGCUGGUAAAAUGAACCAUAAAACUCAUUGAGAUGCUGACAAUUAGUGUUUUAAAUGCAAGUCUUUUGUUUAUGCCUCUGGGCAAAUGUAAACGUUUGGAGAGCCAUAUUGACUCUUCCGUUAGUGAAUCAGGCCAGCUGUUCAUGUGCAAAAGUAUAAUCCAAUGAUAUAUAAUAAUUUGAAGAAGACAUGCACUCCAAUAACUUCUGUCAUGACCUCUCAGAUUUGUUUGCAUGGUGAAUAUAGCAACAGGUUUGUGUUGGUUACAUCUGUUGUCAGACUUUUUAUUUAUAUUUUUAUUAUUUAUUUGUAUAUUAUAAACACAUAACAAGCUGCUAUCAUAUAAUAUCUAAUAACUAAUACAGAAAUCUUUUGAAUGGUGGUGUAUAUGAUUAAAAUUAGUCUGAGACUUUGCAUAUUUACGUUUUCUUUACUCUUUUUCUGUAAAGAUCUAGUGGCACAUUAAUCCACACAUUAAACAAACUAAGCAUUAUGUAAUUAACAGUUUGAUGAAAUGCUGUUGAAUCAUUAUGAAUCUUUACAAAAUCUCUCUCUUUGCAGAGUUAGAGCUACUUUUCUCUAAAAGCAGUUAAGUGUUUACACACUGUACAAGUGUUAUCUCCAUUUCAAAA